AUGGAUUUCAAACGCUUUAACCGUGAUUGGAUUGGGUUACAUGUGGAAUUCUCGUCAUCAACUGCAUACACCGAUAUUCAGGGUGGGACAGAAAAAGACGCUUUGCUACGAAAUGCCUCAAGAGGUACAUUUUACAGUGGAACACAGUGCAUCUUGGAUGAUCUUGGAGUUGCAGAGGAAAAAGCUAAUACUUUUUCUAAAUUAACAUUCUGGUGGGUGAGACCUAUGAUGAAAAAGGGCUCAAAAGGAAAUCUCCAAUGUACAGAAGAUCUGUUUUUACUACCUCAAAGUCUUUCAACAAAAAGGCUGAGAAUUCUUUUCUCAGCUAAUUUUGAUAAUUCAAACAAGGAUCAAGAUGCAAGAAAUAAAUUGGAGGAUAGCUUUUCAAGUGAAUCUGGCUUCAGUGGCAUCACAUUUUCUCCAGGCACUAUACAAAAGAGUGUAUCAGAUCCAAACUUUCAAAGAUAUUCCAAUGUGAGAAGAAUGACAAGUGAUAAUAGUCAAGCUAGUACAGAAUUUUCUGGAAAGGAAGGUAAUGGCCUGUCAGGUCCUGAAGUAAAUAAUCCACAAUCCCUCUUAAGAGCUCUUCACCAUUCAUUUGGUCUGCAGUAUUACUGCAUUGGACUUCUGAAAUUAGCAGGAGAUGCUCUCAGCUUUGCUGGUCCUCUUUUGCUUCAUGCGCUGGUGUCUUUCAUGGAAAAUAGACAGGAACCAAUGUCUCAUGGCUAUUAUUAUGCAGGUGGAUUAUUCUUGACAACAUUUUGUGCAGCUUUUAUAAAUUCACAGUUUAAUUACUGGGUGAAUAGAGUUGGCUUGAAAAUCCGAGCUGCUGUUAUUACCACAGUCUACCACAAAGCAUUAUCUGUCAGCCUUACCACUUUGUCCAAGUUUACUACAGGAGAAGUGGUGAACUUUAUGAGUACAGAUACAGAUAGAGUGGUCAAUUUUGCUACAAGUUUUCACCAGUUCUGGAGUUUGCCAUUUCAGAUUGCAGUAUCACUGUACCUUCUUCAUCAGCAGGUUGGCGUAUCUUUCUUGGCUGGCCUGGGCUUUGCCAUUCUUUUGAUACCCAUCAACAGAUGGUUAGCUGAGAAGAUUCAGAAAUUAAGCAAAGAAAUGAUGACACAGAAGGACAGUAGAGUUAAGGUUAUGAAUGAAAUUCUACAAGGUAUAAGAGUGAUAAAAUUCUACGCCUGGGAGAGAAACUUUGAAGAGAAGAUAGAAAAGUUGAGAGCUGCAGAAUUGAAGAGUUUAAAAGGAAGGAAAUACCUGGAUGCCUGGUGUGUGUAUUUUUGGGCAACAACGCCAGUCAUCAUUUCCAUACUGACUUUUACUACAUAUGCUUUGCUGGGAAAUAAGCUCACUGCAGCUAAGGUCUUUACAAGUGUGGCAUUGUUUAACAUGCUAAUCUCUCCACUGAAUGCCUUUCCUUGGGUACUCAAUGGAUUAAUGGAAGCCUGGGUAUCAGUCAAAAGGCUCCAGGCUUUUCUCUCUUUAGACAACCUGGACCUGACUGGGCACUACCAGCAGCUAAACCAUUCACACAGCGGGGAUAUGCCCAAGCCUCCUGAAGUACUGAUACAGAACGGUCAUUUUAGCUGGAAACAGCCUGAAGAGCCUGAUGAAGAGGAGCAGGCUUUUAUUACCACUGGAGACCUAGCAAAUAUUGAUUUAUGCAUAGAAACAGGCCAGUUAGUUGGGGUGAUUGGUAAAGUUGGUUCAGGGAAGAGUUCGUUGUUAUCUGCCAUCACCGCAGAAAUGGACAAAAGGCUUGGAGAGGUUUUUGUCAAGAAUCUUGAACGAGGCUUUGGUUUAGCUACCCAGGAACCGUGGAUUCAACAUGGUACAGUAAAAGAAAACAUCCUGUUUGGUAAAUCCUUUGAUUUUGAGAAGUAUAACGCAAUAAUCUUCGCAUGUGCGUUGGUGGAGGAUCUUCAGAUGCUCCCUUCAGGUGACGAAACGGAGAUUGGUGAGAAUGGCGUGACCCUGAGCGGAGGACAGAAGGCUCGUAUAGCUCUGGCAAGAGCUGUUUAUCAGGACAAAGAAGUCUAUCUCCUUGAUGAUCCCUUGGCAGCAGUGGAUGCGCAUGUUGCCGCUCACCUCUUUCACCAUUGCAUCAUGGGAAUCCUUCAUAACAAGACCAGAAUACUUAGCACUCAUCACACUCACUUCCUCUCUGCCGCUGACCUGGUUGUUGUUAUGGAUCACGGCUCGAUUGCGUACACAGGGCCGCCCGAGGGAAUUCUUCACACCGAGAAAAUAAUGAAAAGUCUGGCAGGCAACCCAACUGAGGGAAAGAACCCAGAAACAAACACGAAAAAAGAAUCAGAUGAGCUGGAAGGAGAGAUCACCGACGAAGGUUUAGUAAAAGAAGAGGAGAAAGAAGUCGGCGUGGUCAAACUGCAUGUGUACAAAUCUUACUGGCUGGCGAUUGGUCAUUGCUUGGCAACGAGUAUUUUACUGUCGCUGUUUUUAAUGCAGGCUUCUCGUAAUGUAAGCGAUUGGUGGUUGGCCUACUGGAUUUCUCAUUCCCGCGGGAACAGCACCGCAGCACAUCAUCACGUGAACUCGUCAUCAGCCAAUCACCUGAAUCACUUGAUUCCACAAGUGCUGACGGCUGACCAACUGGGAUUACCGCAUGUUCACAUAGUUAAGAAUACCAUUACGUUUUAUCUGGUGGUGUAUGGAGGACUUGCUGUCGCUAACACGAUUUUUACUCUGUUCCGAGCUUUCCUGUUUGCUUAUGGAGGCAUCUGCGCCGCCAAAGUUCUUCACUCGCGAUUGUUGAAAAGUAUUUUGUCUGCUCCUGUCUCAUUCUUUGAUGUUACUCCGAUUGGACGUAUCGUCAAUCGGUUUUCCUCAGACAUAUAUUCUAUUGAUGACAGUCUCCCCUUUAUACUCAACAUUUUUCUGGCCCAGGCCUUUGGCGUUGCCGGCACUGUGGUGAUAACAUGUUAUGGUUUACCGUGGUUUGUGCUCGUUCUAGUCCCUCUCGUCCUUGUGUACUACCUCAUUCAGAAUUACUACCGUAGAACAUCCAGAGAGUUAAAGCGUCUUAUGAGCGUAACGUUGUCGCCGAUUUACGCGCACUUCUCCGAGACUCUAACGGGACUGGCCACCAUACGAGCGCUGAGAGAUGAAGAGAGAUUCAAGCAAGAGAAUGAGUACAGACUCGAAAUCAACCAACGGGCGAAUUUCUGUGCACUUGUUGCUUCUCAGUGGCUUGGGCUUUUCCUGCAAUUCAUUGGCGUUGCCAUGGUAACAGCAGUGGCAUUCAUUGCUGUGCUGGAACAUCAUUUUAGCACCGUAGAUCCAGGUCUAGUUGGCUUAGCCAUCUCUUACGCACUCUCAGUGACCGAUCGACUGUCAGGUAUGGUGACGUCUUUCACGGAGACAGAGAAACAGAUGGUGAGCGUAGAAAGAGCCGUUCAAUACAUUGAGGAUGUAUCGCCUGAAGUUAGCAGUCAAGACACGGUUCCGAACUCUUGGCCCCCUCGCGGUCAGCUCACUUUACGAAAUGUCAGCUUAGUUUAUCGACCAGGUUUGCCUCAAGCUCUUCGCGGGGUAUCAUUAUCAACGACUGCCGGAGAAAAGCUUGGCAUUGUUGGUCGAACAGGCUCUGGUAAAUCAAGCCUCUUUCAGGUUCUAUUUCGAAUGGUUAACAGUUACCAAGGGUCUGUGAUAAUAGACGGUAUCAAUGUAGCCUCUGUACCUCUUGAAAUUCUCAGAUCUCGACUGGCCAUCAUUCCUCAGGAUGCUUUCCUUUUUAGUGGAGCAGUGCGGGACAAUCUUGACCCGUGGAAAAGGUGUUCCGAGGCUGAACUGUGGACGAUUUUAGAACGUUGUCACCUACUUCAAGCCGUACGAGAACUUGGUGGUUUGAACGCUGACGUUGGUGAACGCGGGCGACAUUUUUCAGUUGGUCAGCGGCAGCUGGUAUGUCUGGCAAGAGCGCUUUUGACAAGAGUCAAGAUUUUGUGCAUCGAUGAAGCUACGGCGAGUGUGGACCUUGAGACAGACAAGUUAAUCCAGAGGACGAUUAGAAGUGAAUUUAGAGAAAGUACUGUUUUAACAAUUGCACACAGGCUGGACACUAUCAUGGACAGUGACCGUGUUUUAGUGAUGGACCGGGGAACUGUGGUCGAAUGCGAUACCCCAGGAGCGCUACUUGAAAACAAACAUUCUUUCUUUUAUGGUCUUGUUCAUAGCAGUAGAGCUGAAGACAAAUGAACACCGACGAGAAGAAAUUUCUUUGCAAUUAGCAAUUAGAACAGGCAUCUAAGGGAGAGCAAUUUUAAAUUGUGUACUGCGCAAGUGUACAGAGUCUUGAGCGUAACGCCAGCCUCCCCUUCCCAGUGGCAAUGAGAACCACACACCCUGUACUUAAAUGUGCAGUGACUCCUCGACCUCUCGAAGUAAAAUCGCAUCUUGUGGGUGUGUGCCACUGUCAUUUUACCCUGUUGUUUUCUGAGCUUGCUGGUACUUUCGGGAUUGUUUCGUUAUGGAUAAACAAAUGUGUAUGAACGUAUGCAUACAAACUUCCCCAAUGGGGCUUUCAAGGCCUCUACGAAUGAAUGAAUGAAUGAAUGAAUAAAUAAAUAAAUAAAUGACUAAACAUAGUGCUUAAAAAUCCUAACUAGUUGGGGCAGACCAGUCGGCUAUACACAAAGCUCAACCAAGGAGUUGAACUCGGGAUAAACGAGAACAAAUGGUGCAGGACUUGAACGCAGGACCAUUAGUUGACAGGUCCUGCCUCCUUACCACUCGGCCACAGUGCCUCCGACCCAUACUUGUCCCAACGAAAGAUUGGAGAAAGCGAUGAAAUUUGUCAGAAAGUGCAGUUUAACGCAGAUAAGUGCAAAGCAAAUCUUUCCUUUUAAUUUGGAUAUAUCAACAA